UGGAAGUCUUUUCUCAAGAACUGACAGAAAUACACCCACUGCUCUUAUGUAACACAGGAGGGCAUUUACCCGGAAACAAAGAGUUACAACUAUUUAGAAAAAGCUGAGUGAGUACAGUUCUGCAAGUUUGAUGUGGCUGUGAAGACUUGAGCACAUCUGGGCUUGGGUUUAUCACUUCACUAUGGAGCGCACAUGCAGCCUCUUCAUACUCGUUCUGCUUAUCUGUGUCACGGGGGCGCACCGUGUAAAACCCUGCGAACAAGGAUAUGUACGCGCCAAUGGUAAAUGUAUAGAUGAGAAUGAAUGCAAGAAUGAAGAAUUUAGAGACUCAUGUGGCAAAAACGCCAUGUGCGUCAACACUAAUGGCAGCUUCCAUUGCCAGUGCGAGGAAGGAUACAAAUCAAAAUCUCCCACAUUCCUUGCUUCAUCGUCUGAAACAUGCUUAGCUAUCAAUGAGUGUGUACAAGACACAAACACAAACAUCUGUGGCCCAAAUGCUAACUGCCAACAGGAAAAACGACGUUACAUGUGUUUUUGUGAUCCUGGAUUUGUGUUAUCCAAUGGUAAAGAGGUGUUUCACAAAGAGGACAAUGUCUCAUGUAUAGACAGAAAUGAAUGUGAAGAGGAGGGCAUCUGUGGUAAAAAUGCAACUUGUAAGAAUGAAAAUGGAAGUUAUUCCUGUGUUUGUGAUCAAGGAUUUGUACCGAGCCUUUUCAAGAAAUGUGAAGACAUUUGUGUGAUCAAUAACACAAUCUGUGGGAACGGGACCUGCCACCACGGAGCCGGUGGCCAUAACUGCGCGUGCCACUUGGGGUUCUCCAACUACGGCGAUGUACAAGCACGCUGCACUGAAUUGAAGUGUGAAGUAUUUGAGGACAUGACCAGCCUGAAGGAGAACUUUGGCUCUGCUUAUAAACUUGUGGUGAAGCUGAAAGAGAAAUGUAAAGAGAUUUCAGAAAGUGAAGUCGCCCUCGUUUUGGAUGAAAAGGACAUGAUAGAGGAGCUGUUGUCCGUGAUCGACCAGCUUCUGUCCGGCAAGCCUUUCCGCAAUAACAGUAAAGUUUCCACCUUUUUGGACACGGUUGAGAGCUUUUUGAGGCUCAUCGGGCCUUUCAACACACCCCCAGGACUGAAGAAAUCCUCCAGCUACACAGAUUUGGAGCUGCAUCUGCACAAAGGAAGCAUCUUGCCCCAAGGAAGAGUGACAUUAUCAGUGCAGCAAGCCAAGCUGGAUAUCCAGAUGGAGACAGUUGCAGGGGAGCCUUCACAGUAUCCUGGUUUUGCCGCAGUGUCACUUAUAAGCUACAGGAAGUUAAACGAGUCAGCACACGGCUUUUUUGAAGGUGUGAAUAAACAAGACAGAAAAACAAUUGGACUGAACUCCAACAUAGUGACAGUCACUGUUAGUAACCCAGACACAAGUUCCCUAAACAAACCUGUCCUUAUUACACUAAAUCAUCUGCAACAGUUAAACAAAAAAUCCCAUUGUGUGUACUGGGAUUCUUCUAUGAACGGAGGGGCGUGGUCAACUCACGGGUGCAAAGUUAAAGAGUCCAACCCAAACUAUACAGUGUGCGAGUGUGACCAUCUGAGCAGUUUUGCAAUUCUAAUGGCCCUCUAUGAAGUGGAGGACAGAUUCGAGUUGCAGCUCAUCACUUGGAUUGGCCUGUCCCUGUCUCUGGUUUGCCUGUUCAUCUGCAUUUUGACAUUUGGGUUGAUUCGCUCCAUCCAGAGUCAAAGAACCAAAAUCCACCUGCACCUCAGUAUCAGCCUCUUCUUGGCCUUCGCCAUUUUCCUGAUUGGCAUAUCUCGCACCGAAAACAGGGUCGGCUGUGCAGUGGUAGCAGGUCUGCUUCAUUUCUUCUUCCUGGCUUCAUUUUGCUGGAUGUGUCUGGAGGGCAUACAGCUCUUCAGGAUGGUUGUGAUGGUCUUUAACACCUCCUUCAGAACAGUCUACCUGAUGGCAGCCGGCUAUGGAGUCCCGGCAGUAAUUGUGUCUAUCUCGGCCCUAGCUAAUGCCAAGGGAUACGGCACGGAGAGAUAUUGCUGGUUAAACCUGGAUUCCAUUUGGAGUUUUUUCGCGCCUGUCUGCAUCAUCAUUUUUGUCAACAUUAUCUUCUUCCUAGUCACUGUGUGGAAAUUAGCCCAGAAAUUUUCAAGUCUAAAUCCUGACCUUGACAACCUUCAAAAAAUAAAGACAUUCACCAUCACUGCAGUGGCUCAGCUGUGCAUUCUGGGAAUAAUGUGGAUCUUUGGCUGCUUCCAGUUUGAGAAAAGAACAAUUGCAAUGUCGUAUCUUUUUACCAUCUUUGCCAGUCUUCAAGGAGUUCUCCUAUUUAUUAUGCAUUGCUUGUGUUCUAAGCAGGUAAGAGAGGAGUACAAAAACAUAUUGGCUAGAUGUUGUGCACCACAGAAGAAAGCAUACUCCGAGUUUGGAUACACAAAUACCAACAAAGUACAGGGAACCAAAAGCACACAAGACACAGGAGAGUCCAAUAUGUGACAAGCAGAAUGACGACUGGAGAAAAGUAUACUAUUACUGUAACUUCAAAGACAAGGUCAUUGCAUUGCUAUAAAUAGUCCAAUUCCUGCCUUAACUUUUUUCCUUUUUGUUUGGCUCAAUAAAUUUCAUAUCAUUACAAAAUAGGAAAUACUAAAACAGCAAAGAAUACAAAAUGUUUCUAGAAUUAGUAGGAAUGAGCAGUGGAAAAGAAAAUAGCCCUUUGCUAAACACAUAUUUUGGUCCAGCAGUGUGUAAUAUUGUAAUUUAUUCUAGUAUCUUCUCUGUGCAGUCUCAUAGGUACUUCACUGCCAAGUUUAAUUAAAAUAGAUGUAUAAAUGAUAACUAAUAGUAUGUAUAGUAUACUAUAAUGGUAUAUACUAUACUUCAAAUGGAUGUAAAAUGUUUAUCAUAUGAGAUAUAUGAAUUGAAUGUAAAUUGGAUGCUUGAAUGUAAAUAUUUUGGCCUUAUUUGUACGUAACUGUUUGUAUUAUCAACAAGUUCUUAAUUUACAUAUUUUAACUUUGCACUUUACUGCAUGUCUCUGUAAAUGUUGUAAAUAAAAUGCAUUUCUUAGCCUAA